AUGCCCAAGAACAAGGGAAAAGGCGGCAAGAACCGCAGACGAGGAACCAAGGAGAACGAUGACCAGCGCCGAGAGCUGACCUUCAAGGAGGACGGCCAGGAGUACGCCCAGGUCGUGAAGAUGCUGGGUAACGGCCGGCUCGAGGCCAUGUGCUUUGACGGCAGCAAGCGACUUGCCAACAUCCGUGGAAAGAUGCGCAAGAAGGUCUGGAUCAACCAGGGCGACAUCAUCCUCCUCUCCCUCCGAGACUUCCAGGACGGCAAGGGCGACGUCAUCCUCAAGUACACCUCCGACGAGGCCCGUAACCUGAAGAACUUGGGCGAGCUCCCCGAAAACGCCAAGAUCAACGAGACCGACUCCUACGGCCAGGACGGCGACGACAACGCCGGCUUCGAGUUCGGCGCCGACGAGUCCGAGUCUGACGAGUCCAGUGACGAGAAGAAGGAGCUUGACAUUGACGACAUUUGA